GUGGUACGGAUAGAGAGAGAGAGGGCGGUAACCAAACCAGGUUUACGUUUGUUUCCCCCCAAAUAUCAAUCGCUUGCAAUUCUUCGUUCGCCAAACACCUUCUUCUUCUUCUAUUUCUGUUUCUGCUCGAUUUAGAUCCGUUAAAUUUCGAAUUCUAGGGUUCCCAGAGGGGAGAUGUACAACGGAAUAGGGUUACAGACUCCAAGGGGGUCUGGGACCAAUGGCUACAUCCAGACCAACAAGUUCUUCAUCAAAUCGAGGACUGGGAAGGUCGCCGACUCCUCCCACGGUUUCGACGAUGACCAGGGCACCGGCGGCGUCACCAAGAAGCCCAACAGAGACAUCCUCGAGCACGAUCGCAAGCGCCAUAUUGAGCUCAAACUCGUCGUGCUCGAAGAUAAGCUCAUCGAUCAGGGUUUUACCGACGCUGAAAUCGCCGAGAAGCUUGACGAGGCUCGGAUGACUCUCGAAGCCGCGGCGGCUUCGGAGGAGCUUGGCGGACCCGGCGCUAUUGUUGUCUCCGAUAAGAAGGUUUCAGAUACGCAGACCCACCAAAUUGCUGCUAGGAAGGAGAAGCAAAUGGAAACAUUAAGAGCUGCUCUCGGGCUAGCUGUGCCCGAAUCAGCUGACAAGAAUACUGAUGAUAUUAAAGAUGGACUGAAAAGUAGUCGAAAGAAUGGUCCAGAAGACGAUGACAAGUUUCAAGAGAGAAGUGAGCAUGCAUUUCUGGACAGGGACUAUGGGCGGAAGAAACAUGGGGAGGAAAAGCAGAAAGAUGAGAAAGAUGAUAAGAAAAAGAGAGUUAAAGAAUCUAAGCGGAGCAAAAAGGAAGAAAGUAGGAAGAGAAGGCAUAAGUAUGAUUCUUCUGAUACCGAAAGCAGUGGCAGUCCUCCUCCCAAGGUUGAUAAAAAGAAGCAUCGUGGAAGUAGCAGCAGUGAUGAAGAUGAUUCGGAAGUUGAACUUGACAAGAAGCAAAAGGUUGCAAAGAAGAAUGAGAAAAGAAGUAAGAACUCCGAUGAUUAUGAUUCUGCGUUGGGUGAUGAUGAUGCUAGAAGGGAUGGUGCAAGAAAGAAAGUUGAGAAAUUCAAAAAGCCUCAAAGGAGGCAUGUUUUAGAUGAAGAUGAUUCUGAAGCUGAUUUGGGAAAGAGGCAGAAGGUUGCAAAGAAGAAUGAGAAAAGAAGAAAUAAGAACUCCGAUGAUUCUGAUUCUGCUUCCAGUGACGAUGAUGCCAGGAGCGACGGUGCAAGAAAGAAAGUUGAGAAAUUCAAAAAACCUCAAUGGAGGCAUGAUUCAGAUGAAGAUGAUUUUGAUGCUGAUGUUGGCAGGAGGCACAAGGUUGUUAAGAAACAUAGUCGGAGCAGAAAGGAUGACACUGAUGAUUCUGAUUCUGAUUCUGCUACCAGUGAUGAUGAUGCUAGGAGGGACAGUUCGAGAAAGCUAGUUGAGAAAUUCAAAAAAACUCAAAGGAGGCAUGACUCAGAUGAAGAUGAUUCUGAAGCUGAUGAUGGUAAAAAGCAGAAGGUUGAAAAGAAGCAUAGUAAAAGUAGCAAGGAUGAGGCGGAUGAUUCUGAUUCUACUAGCAGUGAUGAUGGUGCUGAGGACAGAUCCAAAAAGGAAUUAGAGAAAUCCAAACACCCUCGUAGGAGGCAUGAUUCAGAUGAAGAUUCUGAUCGUGAAGAGAAACGGUUAAGAUCUAAUGCAGUUGAAAGUAAUGAAAGAAGUCGUCCAAUUGAUGAUGACAGGUAUCGUCCGAGCAGGGAUGAUCAGUAUUCAGGAUUGGUAAGGCCUAGAGGAGGGCAUGAUGACGUGACUGUAGAACGCGAGGACAAAAUUUACAGCAAAGAUAUUGAACCACAACGUGGUAGUAGAACAGUUACUCUGGGUUAUGAAAGAGGAGUUAAAACCCACACCAUGGAUGAUCAGGAACACAGAGGGAGAAAGCAUGGAAGGUAUGAAGAGGAUGAUGUAGGGCGUGGAAGGCAGAGCAAGGAUGAAGAGCACAGAGGAAGGAAGCAUGGAAGAGAUGAGGAGGAAAAUGAGAACAGAAAAGUGGGGGAUAACAAAGAGGAGCUUGGAAAUAGAAAACCUGGGAAAAUGGAGGAAGAACGGGGAAAUAAGGGUGUGGAUAGAGAUAUGGAUUACAAGAGGGCAAAAUAUGAUGAUUCUAGAUCAAAUGAGAGGAGGCGCGAAAGUGAAAAACGCAAUGGAAGAGAUGAAGAGGAUCGUGGAGGGCGUGGAAGGUACGACAAGGAUGAAGAGUAUAAAGGAAGGAAGCAUGAAAGAGAUGAAGAGGAAAAUGAGUACAGAAAGGUGGAGGAUAAAAAAGAGGAGCUUGGAAAUAGAAAACCUGGAAAAAUGGAGGAAGAACGGGGAAAUAAGGAUAUGGAUUGCAGGAGAGCAAAGUAUGAUGACUCUAGAUCAAAUGAGAGGAGGCGUGGAAGUGAAAAGCAUAAUGAAGAUGAUAAAAACUACAGAAAGCAUGGGGAGGAUUUUGAAGAGGAGCGUGGGAGUAGAAGGCACGGAAAAGUAGAUGAAGAAAGAGGAAGUCAGGAUACUGAAAGAGAUAGACAGCUUGAUUACAAGAGAGCAAUAUAUGAUGAUUCUAGAUCAAGCGAGAGGAGGAGAUACAAAAAUGAGAGACAUAAUGAUGGUCGUUCCAGGCAUCAAGGCUGAUAUUGUGGUUGAUGUCGUGUCAAGGCCUGUCAAAGCUUGCUAAGCGUAAUGGAGUCAUCGACCACGGGGAGCUAACUGGUCAUCGAGAUGGAAUCUCAGUUUGGUGAGUGUACUGUAUCUUUGAGUUGUGUUUUUGGUGGAUCUGUCGGAAGAUCACGCGACUUAUCCUUAGCACGGUUUUGAAACGCAGUUUAUGUUAUGCGGUGAUGUUUUAAUAUUUAUGUUGGCCAUCAGAUCCAGCCCCGGAAUGGUGUGAUUUUAUUUUGAUA